UAUCCACUCAACUAACGCUCACAUCUAUCCAUCUUCUCAACAUUUCAAACACUUCUUCUUCUUCUUCUUCUUCUUCUGAUUUUAAGAAAGAACCGAUACACAGAUAAGAUAGUAAUGGCAAACCCUGUUGAAGUUUCUGCACUCAAUCGCAUAAAAUUGCAUCUUCUAGGCGAACUCUCUCCCCUGCCACUCAGCAGUAGCAUUUCCACCGUUGAUAUUACCCAAAUCAAUCUCUGGUUUAGAUUUGAUGAGCCAAACCCAACUUCAUCUCAAUCUGACUCCCUUUAUUCCCAAGCUUCUAGUUCUGAUUCAUAUGCCACAGUGGACAAUUACUUAACUGAACUCCUUGAUUUCCCAACCGAUUCUAUGGUUUCAACAGAUAAUCAUUAUCCCCAAUUCGAAUUUGAGUCCAAACCCCAAAUAAUCGAAAGCCCAAAAGCCCAAAGUCAAACAUCACAGUUAGCCAUCAGUUUUUCAAACACACGGGCGGCAACAUCGGAAUCCCUAGAGAAGAAACCUCAAUCGAAUCGGAAGCCAUCGUUGCAAAUCUCUGUCCCGAAGAAGACCGAGUGGAUCCAAUUCGGAGAUUCGAAGGUUGCGGAAGAAGUGGUGACUGAACCUGAAGAGAAGAAGCACUACAGAGGGGUCCGACAGAGACCGUGGGGCAAGUACGCUGCGGAGAUCCGAGACCCGAACAAGCGCGGAUCCAGGGUGUGGCUAGGAACAUUCGAAACGGCUAUCGAAGCCGCCAAAGCCUACGACAGAGCCGCGUUUAAGCUUCGAGGCUCUAAAGCCAUCCUCAACUUCCCCCUCGAAGCCGGCGCAGAUGAACGAAAACGCCGCCGGGAAGAGGAGGAGGCGGAAGUCGUGAAGAGGAAAAAGACAGCGGAAUCGGACAUUAGCCAUAUAAGGAAUACUCCGUUAACGCCGUCUAGUUGGAUAGGGUUUUGGGACACUGAUGUAAAGGGAAUUUUCCCUUUGCCGCCCUUGUCACCGUUAACUCCAUUAACGCUGUCACAGCUUAUGGUUGUGUGAAAUUACAAAUUUUAUUUAUUUCUUUAUUUUAUCAUGUUUAGGGGAUGAUGAU